GGACAGAAGAAGAUCUACAACCACAGAGACAUGGUCAACCUCUCAACCGUUUACAGUAAUGUAACUCAAGGACUUAUUCUCGAUAAUACAACAGAAAUUAUAAGGGUGACCGUCUUGAUCCUGAUUGUGCUAUCUUUCACGGUUUUCUACCACUGGUUGGCCAUGAUACUCCAUGUCUACCUCACCUCACCAAACCUACAAGAAAUGGCCCGCUAUGUGCUUUUUAUCCAUAUGCUCGUCAAUGAUACAUUGUACCUGCUUAUUUCAUUUUUUAUGUUUGUAUCUUCUGUUUACCUUUUAUACAUGCCAGUGCCAGUCUGCUAUGCCUUAAGUACCUUUACGACUUCCUCCUUUCGGAUCACACCUUACAACCUGGCCAUUAUGUCCGUAGAGCGUUACAUAGCCAUAUGUUACCCGUUAAGACAUGGUGAAACUUGCAAUGUCCGCUGGUGUAACUAUAUGAUUGUUCUAAUGUGGGCUUUAGGGUUAGUCCCCAUUGCUGUUGACUUUAUCGCUAUGAAUUUCUCUGUUAGCCGAGACUUUUACUCUCUCUAUAUGAUAUGCAACUGGCUCUCUUUUUCAAAGAAUGAAGUACAAAGCACCAUAAGAUCUCUGGUCCUUAUCCUCAGCUUCUCCAUGGUGGGACUCAUAAUCGGGUACACCUACAUUAAGGUCAUGAUGGUUGCCCUCAAAAUAAGCUCCAGCAAGUCUUCUGCCUUCAAGGCUGGGAAAACAGUCUUGCUCCACGCAUUUCAGCUUUUCUUGUGCAUUACGUCCUUCUCCUCCACUUUCACAGACAUGUACCUGAGAAAAAACUACGCAUUUGUUCCAUCAGUCAACUUCUUCUUCUUUAUGUGUCUUCCAAGGUUCAUCAGUCCUCUCAUUUACGGGAUAAGAGAUAAUGUUUUCCGUAAAUACACUCAAAACAUUUUCACCCCUAUUUGUUUAAAGGGACCUUGAUAAAAUUUUGUUAGGGAAAAUUA